AUUCGCGCCCGAUUGCCUUGACACAGAUGAAAGUGAAGUGAACAUUUAUUAUGAAAGUAUGGAAUACUAUGGGUGGUGUUAAGUUGCAGGCCGUUGGUUAUGUUUUAAUGAUGCUUAGAAUGACAGAAUAUUUACUGUGGAUUUAGAGAAAAAUAAAAGCUGUUCAACCAACCAUGGAGAAAAACACUUCUUGUGCUUUAAUUGAGGAGGAUUUUUGGGGUGAUAGUGAUGACAUGGAUGAUUUUUUGUCGCAGGUUGAUGUGGAGGAGAUUUGUAGUCAGAGCAUUUCAGAAAACAGUGAUCAAUGUUUUUCACAAGACUUGAAGCCAGACUGUUCUGUUGAUUCAGCAAAUGUCAAAAGCAGUGAUGGUCCUACAACCUCCCUAAAAAACCCUAAUAAUACUGUGCAGGAUCAGUCAACCGUGUACAAAACCAAUUCUCAAGCUUCGAACGAGAACUUUUUUGGUGAAAGCGAUGACAUGGACGAUUUUUUGUCUGAGGUUGAAGUGGAGGAGAUUUGUAGUCAGAGCAUUUCAGAAAACAGUGAUCAAUGUUUUUCACAAGACUUGAAGCCGGACUGUUCUGUUGAUUCAGUGAUAGAAGUUGACGAAGAUGAACCGACAACAGCCCAUACAGAUUUUCUUAAAACAAAUUUCGGAUACUCAAAAUUUCGACCAAUGCAGUGGAAAAUCAUCUGUUCAGUCAUUAAAAAAAAGAGAGAUGUAUGUGUUGUCAUGUCAACAGGUUAUGGUAAAAGUCUUUGCUAUCAAUAUCCUGCAGUUUUUACUGGAAAGACGACAAUUGUGGUGUCGCCUCUGAUCUCUUUGAUGCAAGAUCAAGUGCAGAAACUGGAGGUUUUCAACAUUCCUGCCUGUUAUCUUGGAUCAGCUCAAGCCAAUCAAAAAGCUGUGAAGUCGGCUGUAUUGAGAGGUAAAUACCGGAUUGUUUAUGUAACUCCAGAGUACAUUGACUGUGAUUCGGAUUUCAUUCAAUCUGUUCAUCGCAAUGUGGGAAUUGUGUGUGUUGCCAUUGAUGAAGCUCAUUGUGUAUCGCAAUGGGGUCAUGAUUUCAGAGAUUCUUAUCGUUUGCUCGGUGGAAUAAAAGCAAAAUUACCCGAGGUAGUUAUGAUGGCGUUAACUGCGACUGCCACAUCUGUGGUACAAAGAGAUAUCUGUUCAUGUCUUAAACUCGACAAUCCAUUACAAGUGAAAACUAGUUUUAACAGACCCAAUCUGUAUCUUCAAGUGAAGAGGAAGAGCUCGAAUCCUGAAUAUGACUUGAAGGACUUGAUUACAAAUAAAUCAAAUGGCGAUAAAUUGUUUGGUGGCUCCUCUAUCAUUUACUGUCCUACCAAAAAGGAAACCGAGAAUGUCACUAAGAUAUUGAAAGGUAUCGGUGUAAAUUGCGAAGCUUAUCAUGCUGGUCUGUCAACAAAAACACGUAUGAACACUCACAGAAAGUUUGUUAGGGAUGAAAUUGAGUGUGUCGUUGCUACUGUAGCGUUUGGCAUGGGAAUUGAUAAACCGGAUGUCCGAAAUAUCAUACAUUAUGGAGCUCCUAAAGAUAUUGAAUCGUAUUAUCAAGAGAUUGGUCGAGCUGGCAGAGAUGGCUUACAGAGCUCGUGCUAUACCUUCUACAAUAAUUCAGAUUUUAUCCUUGCAAGGAUGUUUGCAAACACAAUAAAAAAUGAAAAAUUCAAGAACUAUAAAAUAUCCAUGGCCCAGGAAAUGAAACAUUACUUAAGCACAAUUAGUUGCAGGAGACGGGUCAUUCUAUCGUAUUUUGGCGAGAAAUUUCCUCUUCAGUCGACAUCUGAUGAAGACUGCUGUGACAAUUGUCAAAGAAGAGCACUUGGUUUUACCACAACUACAGACGGAGAAAAAGUCAAUUACGCGAAAGAAGCUAAAGAUAUUUUUACUGCAAUAAAGGUGACAGGUAAUGGCAGAUAUGGUAUGGGAGUACCUGUUAUGCUUCUUCGUGGUUCUACAAGCCGAAGAUUGCCUGAAUAUCUAACAAAAAAAACAGAAUAUGGCAGUGGCAAGUACCGUACAGAAAAAUGGUGGAAGGCUUUUGCAUGUCAGUUGAUGAUUGAAGGGUAUCUUUCGGAAAUGUCUGUGCAACAUGCUACAUGGACAACCACCAAAUUGACAGCAAAAGGUCUUAAUUGGCUUAACAGAUGGGAGAAAAGUAAAGACAGUGUUUUGCUUGUGGAACCCACUCAGGAUAUGUUAAGUGAAGAAAGAGAUAUCGUGGCGAAGACCUCUCUAACUAAAGCCAUUGCAGUCAAGUCUACAGUUUCAGAAAAUUGUAUCGGUAGAUUGUUGUAUAAGUCUAAAGAAAGCCUUCAUGUGGCUCCUUCGUCCGAGAAAGUUUUAGAACCUGUUUCUAAACGAGAAUCUGAGCUCGAGGGAACUCUGUAUCAAGAGCUGUUGAAAUUUCGUGGCGAACUUGCACGUCGUCAUGAUUGCGCCCCAUAUAUGAUAGCCAGUAAUAAACAGUUGAUUGACAUUGUCAGACACAGGCGGACAACGACUGAAUCACUGAAUAAUGUUGAAGGUUUCUCAGCAAAAAUGUGCGAACGAUUUGGAAAAGAGAUUGUUGAACUUGUUUCAAAUUUUUGCGAAGAAAAUGAUCUUGCCACUGAUAAAAUGCCUUCUGUAAAGAAAGUUGUUUUGCCUCUAACAUCGUUGUCCGCGACAGUUUCGAUCAGUUACAAUGCUUUUCAUGAAGAAAACAAGUCUUUGGAAAAGAUCGCGAAAUCUCGCAAUAUGGUUUUAACAACAAUAGAAGGUCACCUCAGCGAUGCUUUAAAGGCCGGCUACCCUGUCAAUCUUCAGCGAGCUGGAGUCACAGAUGACAUCUACAAUCGAGUCAUUUCGGUUUGUAAAGCAACGAAUUUCAACUCAGAUGGUUUUAAAUUAGCUCCUAUAAAGGAACAGUUGCCUGAUGUAAGUUACGGCAAAAUAAAACUUGUUUUGGCGAGUUGGAAGAGAUCGGGCGGUGAAGAAUUUUGGGAGACCAAGUAUCAAAGCGUCACCUCAUCCCAGGGAGCUAAGAGAAAACUGCCUUCAUCAUUGACGAUAAACCAUUCUUCAAAAAGAAGACUAAAAAUAUAAAGAGAAAGUAAAAACAAAUUCUAAAACGAUGGCGAAGCGCAGAUAACAUUAGAGAGAUUUAGUAAACACGACGUAUCGUCUAAAGGCUGAUUUCCGUUCAGUGCAAAUUGUCGCGCGAUAGACUUUGUCUGAUCACUUUCUUUUCAAUUGUAAGCUCUCGACCGGAACAGUUUCACACUGCUGCACACAAUUCAAAAGAAAAGCGCGACAAUUUCCACUGAAUGGAAACCAGCCUUAAGACGCCGUGAAAACGGCGUAAAUAUGGCGUGGAUCCAACCAUAUAUGGGAAUAUCACGCCAUUUUUACGCCAUUUUCACGACGUCUUAGGCGAUACGUUGUGUUUGCUAAAUCUCUCUAUUAUCUAGAAUUAUGUUUCCAGUUUGAUAUUCAACAUGUAACGUUGCGUUUAUUUCUUAAACUACAACUUGCUUAGAGUUAAUUUUGUUAAUUACAAACACAACACUGCUAACUAUCCACUCAGAAGCAAGGCUGCUGUUUACAUCAUUACGAUGGUCAUCGUCGUCAUGACUAUUGUGAUCACGCAGAAUUUGUCAUGAGCUUUUUCAGGAUAAAUCACAUAAAUUUAGUACAAAAUACUGAAGUAAGAAUAUCUAUUUUAAAAAUUUGCGUCAAGCCCCGGUGAACGUAGCUGUAUCUGAAAACAGUAUCAAAACAAGGAUUUUGAUUGGUCAAUGACCAAACGAGAAAAAGAAUUUGAAUGCUAUGGAAGUGGACUGAAAUUUUUGCUACUUGUCAAAAUUAAUUAUAAAAUGAUUGCCUAGCAA